AGUCUGUGUCACACAGUCACACAGGUACAGACUGGCAUGGACCUCGACCUCAAAGCAGCACCAGUCUUCGCAAGGUGUGUUUAGAGACUUCUAGAGAAUUUGCAUUGUUGGUGCGCUGUCUACAAUGCCACCUUUACAACCUGAGAGUCAAUCUGCAGAGAUAGAUUUUAUACGCACUUAAAUACAUCUGCACUAAGUUUUAACUUCAGGUUUUGCUCUCUUGCAAUAUAAAUGGACUUUGGAUUGUUCCUGAAUCAGUCUGACAGUCUACAUGCUGUGGACGCUCCAUCAGAGAUGUUGACACUAAGCUCCUCUGAGAACAAUCUGAAGUUUAUCUGUGAGUUUAAGCCUGGGUCUGGUCCACUACCAGGCAGUGAUGAUUGCAAUGCCGAUAUGGAUUGCAAGUCAGUGUCAGUCAUCAUCCCCGCACAGUGCAGCAUCUACCAACUGCGGCUACGCAUCUGUAUGCAGGCCCAGGAAAAAAACUGCCAUCCAGAUCCACUUACAAUACUUGACCCAGAGAGAUACACUCUGCUAUAUGCCAGGGGGGAUGACUGGUAUGAGGCCUACGAUGACUGUCAGGUUAUCAGGACAUUAGACAUUCCAUGGUCACGUGAUGACACUGGCCGCUUGUCAGCACAGAUAGUGGUUAAACCUUUGGUGGCAAUUGAUUCAGAGGAGAAGAAGAAACAGCAGCAGUGUCUGGCUUACCUGAUUGGACACAACCUGGAGAAAGAAGCAUCCGACAGACUUGGUGAGCUCACAUUUACCCGCAGGAAACUGUCAUCUCCAAGAAGGCAAGAGCUAAAAAAUCGGGAUGACAAGUUGUAUGCCACAGAGCCAUGGGUAACAUGUGCCCCCAUUCCGACUGACCUGCAGGACAGACUAAACAGGAAGCUUCCUGUCACCCUCCAUUACAUGAACAAGAUCAGCUUCAGCAUUCAGGUUGAUUUUGGUGCAACGCCAGAUGUUCUCCUGAAAAUUUUCAGAAGAGUGUUGGCAGACCAGGGGCUUGAUGAUGACACAUCUGAUAGUCUGGUGUUAAAAGUCUCAGGGAGGGAGGAAUUUCUAUCUGGAGAUUACCCCCUCAGCGAUUUCCACUGGGUUCGACAGUGCUUGAAGACCAACCAAGACCUCCACCUCUCUGUGGUACCUGAGUCACAGCUUGUUGAGGAGACUGUCCAGUUUGUGGACUGGCCGCUUGUUGAUGGUUUCAGUGGCCAGUUCAGCUCCCAUUGUGAUCUGUGCCUUGACGGGAAAGAUUUGGAUGACAUCUUCAUGAUAUCCUUGUGGGACUGCAACAGAAAACUCAGAGUCAAAUUGCUUGGCUUUGACAUCCCAAAUCCUCCAAGCAAAUGCCCUCAGGCCGUUUAUGUUGAAGCCUCUAUACUUUAUGGCAAAAAGCUUCUCUCUUCAGUGUCCUCUGUUCCCAAGGCGUUUGCAGAUGAAGUGCUGUGGAAUGAAUGGCUAGAAUUUGAUGUUCUCCUCAGGGAUCUGCCACGUGGAGCUAAGCUGGGUUUCACCAUCAAUGCAAGUGCUGGUGACAUCUCCCCAGUUACCAAAGACUCAGGGGAAGGGAAGGUGCUCUACUUUGUUAAUCUUCUCCUCAUAGAUCACAGGUCUGUCCUCAGCCAGGGCUCCCACACCCUGUACAUGUGGACCUACCCUGAUCAGGAGGAAGAAGCCAUCACCUACCAGGCAGACAAACUGUCCUCUGCUACUAACCCAGACGUAACUGACUCCAUGGCUAUCAGCUUCCUUCUAGACCGCUACAGUUUCCCUGUGGUUCUGCCAAAUAGCCUUAAUACCCCUGAAAGUUAUGGCAGUCCCACCUCCAGCCUCUCCCCAACUAAAUCAACUGCCUUCUCUCAUGAAUCGUCUUCCUCACACUUUUCACCCAGUUCCACUCCGUCCAGCACAGAUUCUUCCUCUCUGCAUGUGAACUCACCUCAGGGCCCCUCAACUGACACUGUGGUUCUCAGAUCUCCAUCCUCAGCUUCCAGCACCAACACACCUUGCCUAAAAAGGUUCCGGGAGGAGAGCGUCCGCUAUGCCUCCAACCUACCCCACUACCUGCGCAAUGUUGAUUGGAUGAAACGCAGGGUGGUUAAGGAUAUUCACUGGCUACUGGAAAACUGGGAUCCUGGGGAUCUGGAUGUUACGGUGGCCCUGGAGCUGUUAAGCAUGGACUUUGCUGACGAGAGGGUCAGGGGACUUGCAGUCCAGAGAUUGGAAAGCCUGUCCAAUGAUGAUGUUUUGAAGUAUUUGCUACAGCUUGUGCAGACUCUUAAAGUGGAACCUUACCAUGACAGCUUCCUUGCUCGGUACCUCAUCCAAAGAGCUCUACGGAGCAAGAGAAUUGGCCACUUCUUCUUCUGGUAUGUCCGCAGUGAGGUGGCUGGCUGUCCGUACUUCCGCCAACGCAUGGCGGUGAUUCUGGAGGCCUACCUGCUGGGCUGCGGCCAGGCCAUGAUCGACAGCUUCACCCAGCAGGUCCAAGCUGUGGAGGCCCUGCAGGAGGUUGCCAUAAUGAUUAAAAACCUCUUCCCUGACAAGACUGACCUCCUGCCUACAGCCCCAAUCAGGCUUCAAGAGCUUCUUAGAAACUGUAAUCUGCCAAAUGAAUUCCUGCUGCCCUUUGACCCCCGCAUCAAAGUUGGAGUGAUCCUGCUGGACAAAUGCAAGGUGAUGGCCUCUAAGAAGAAGCCUCUGUGGCUGGAGUUCUCUCCCAUGCCGUCCCCCACCUCUGCUACACCUGUUGGGAUAAUCUUCAAAGAAGGGGACGACCUCAGACAGGACAUGCUGGUCAUUCAGACAUUGAUGGUGAUGGACUCUAUAUGGCAGGAGAAAUCUCUGGACCUCAACCUUGUUCCAUAUGGUUGCAUCUCCACUGGACACAACAUAGGUAUGAUUGAGAUUGUGAGAGAUGCAGCGACCAUCGCUGCAGUGCAGAGGACCCACAGAGGAAGCGCUGGCGCUUUCAGAAACGAUGCUGUGUUUGAGUGGCUCAAGUCCAAGUGUCCACUCCAGGAAAUUCACUACACGACUGUGGAGAGGUUUGUGAAGUCCUGCGCCGGAUACUGUGUGGCCACUUAUGUGCUGGGUAUCGGAGAUCGACACAAUGACAACAUCAUGAUCACUGACCAGGGGAACUUGUUUCACAUCGACUUUGGUCACAUCCUGGGGAACAGGAAGCACUUCCUUGGUGUGAACAGGGAGCGCGUACCAUUCGUCCUCACACCUGACUUCCUGUAUGUCAUGGGCAGGGUCAGAGGUCGCAACAGCCUCUAUUUUCAACGGUUCAGGGACACUUGCACCCAGGCAUACCUCUCCCUGCGCUCCCAUUCUCGUCUGCUGGUCACCCUGUUCUCCCUCAUGCUGCUGACCGGCAUCCCAGAGCUGAGCGCUGCAGAGGACAUGCGAUACCUGCGGGAGGCGCUCCAGGAGGAACAGGGUGAGGCAGCAGCCAGGGAGCAUUUCCUCCAGCAGAUCGCUGAGUGUGAGCAGCUUGGCUGGACUGUGCAGGCCAACUGGUGGAUCCACAUGGUGGCAGGCAUCAAAUGAGUGUUUUGUUUCUGCUGUGCUACCGCUCUGGGGAAGGUGAAAGGGAUGCUCAAAUGUCUACAUGCAUCACUGACUUUUUUUCACUGUUUGAUUUCUAAGUGUUUCUGUUAGUUUUAAGCUUUUGUUUAGCAAGGAAGCAUUGUUUUUAUAGGCAUUUGGCAACAACUAUGCUUUGUCCUUUCCAUCACGUGAGAAAAUUGGCAAGUUCAAAUAAAUAACUGGGACCUGGGGGAGAUGGAAAAUGGUGUCAUGGUAACCAAUAACAAUUGACAUUUGUCAAGUAGUAAAAAGAUGUAAUGUGCAACUAGUUUUGACAGGCAGGCUCCUGCCUUGUUAACAUGAGCAGCAAAAACAAUGUAACCAGCACAUGCAUUUAGACUGACAUUAAAGACCCCCUUCAGUCAAAAAA